AUGGCUGCUGGCUCCGAGGCGCCGAGUGUCCGUUUCUGGGACCUGCUGCUCGUUCUGGCGGUGCUCGGCUUGGUGUGGGCGGCGGAGGGAAGGAGGCUGCAUUUUGUCAACCUGGUGUAUCGCCAUGGAGACCGAUCACCAAUCCAUACAUUCAAAACAGAUCCGUAUAAACCGAAGGAUUGGCCGCAAGGCUUUGGACAGCUUACACAGGUUGGGAUGAGGCAGCAGUAUGAGCUGGGCCAGUUCCUGCGAGAACGUUAUAAAGAUUUCCUCAACUCCUCGUACGACCGGCAAGAGAUUUACAUUCGGAGUACAGAUAUUGACCGGACUCUGAUGAGUGCUGAGGCAGAUUUGGCUGGUCUCUACCCUCCACAUGGACAACAGGUCUUCCUUACCAAUCUUAAUUGGCAGCCAAUCCCUGUGCAUACAGUACCAACAACAGAUGACAGGUUGCAGAAUGAGACGAAGAAUUGCUGGGAAUACAAGAACACCAUGCAGGAUAACCAGGACUUCCUGAAGACACUCGCUAAAAACACUGGAACUCCCUUUGCAAACAUGUCACUGUUUGAUCUGUGGAUGAUUUACGAUGCUCUGUUCUGUGAGGUGAGUGACAAAGUUACGAUGAACUGAUUUGUGGGAUUGCAAACUGGAUGUGGCAGGAGCGAAGGUUAAGCAUGAUACAUAACAUGCACACAGGCUUGUGUAUAUGUGCACGUCUGCCUUCCCUUCAGAGGGACAAUUACAUCACAUUUCCCACUCACAUGGUUUACCUCUACUAUGCCUCCACACUGUAGUUUCAGUCUGACCGCGCAUCAGGUUUCUCAUCACCUGAAUUUAACAGAAUAGAUAAUGAAUGGAGUUCAUAUAAAUUCUGACUAGUUUGUCACCUGUCUCUUACGAUAAUCAAAACCAGAACAUGUGUAUCUCUUAGUGCUUUGCACAGCCUUAAAAUGGGCUGAAGUGUUCUGUAGUUAUUGAAACCUCUUUGGUCUGUUGCCACUGCUAUUAUGUUGGAAAUGCUGCAGCUAAUUUGUAUACGGAAAGAUCCCAAGAGCAGCCAAGUGACAUUGGCAGGACAAUAUAAAAUUACCAACUUGUUUUGAAAUUCCUGGCCACCAUACAGACUGUUGUGUGUGAAUUCUCGUCUUGGUUAUUUUCAAAUAACUCCAUGGAUUCUAUGAAGUAUAUCUUGCUUUAUACCCUUCAGUAUUAUUAGCCUGUGAUUAAAAGCAAUUAUUGUUAAAUUCUCCCUUUGUUCAUGAUGCUUCUGUAAGAACUAAUUAUUUAGAUUACGUUUUGAAAAAAAAACUUCA